AUGGGUGAUGGUGGAGGAAACAUGAGUAAUACUAACAACAGUAAUAAUUUUAAGUGGUUGAUGGGUGCAGCAGUGACGGUGACAGUGAUGAUAAUGGCGGUGGGGAUUACGCCAUCUUAUUCUUCUUCGUCUUCGUCAGGGUCAGGGGGGCUCGACUGCGGGUCGGUGGUGUCGUAUCUGAAACCGUGCGUCCCGUAUUUGGGCGGGGGCGGGGGAUCCGUCGGGGGCAAGUGCUGCGCGGGGGCCAAGGCCCUGUACGCGGCGGCGAAGACCACCAAGGACCGCCAAACAGUGUGCAGGUGCGUGGUGUCAGCGGCGGGGCCUGCCAACAUCGCCCGCGCCGCAGCCAUCCCCAGCCAAUGCGGCAUCCACAUUCCUUACAAGAUCACCUCCUCCACCGACUGCUCCAAGGUGAAAUAAUCUAUCUUUCCCCCGUCUCUGGGAUAUAUGGGAGUACCUACCUACCUGCCCUACCUGGCUUGGACAUUGGAGCUGCUACAGUGCACUGC